CGACGACGACGUCGUAUCAUCUUCUUCCUUCGUAGUCUCCUUUUGUUCACCAGCAAACUCGCGGCAAUUCCUUCCUGCCUCUUUUUUCCGCCAAUCAAUUGAUGCUGUAGCAGUCGUCAAAACCAAGUUCAACCGCCAUUGGUGUUCAUCCUCCUCCAAUCGGUCAUCAACACAGGAUACGAAGUAAGAAUCCCACGGGUUUCUGUCUCAUUCACCAUCCGCCUAUCCGAGAAAAGGGGAUGAAAACCAGAAAUCAAGCCAAGCGAAAGCGUCAACCAUAUGGUCAAGAUGACACGAAUAAGGAAGCUGGAGAUGAUCCAAAAGCAAAUGGCACUCUUGCUAAUAUUACACCACAGAAGGGUAUCAACAAGUUUCAGAAACGAGUUGCUUCACGUGGGUUGAAAGGAAAAGAUAUUAAUUUUGAUUCUGCAAGUAAGUUGGAAAGUUUGUCAAAGGGAAAGGAAAAACAAGUAAAAGUCAACAUUGGUUCACAAAAUAUACCAAAGGCCGAAUUGGAGAAUUCAGCACCUUUGAACACUGAUGAUGGAAAAAGUUCUAUGCAAGUUAAGUCUGAAUCAGAAGAUGUAAUGGCUGAUUCAGAUUGGGAAGAUGGACCUAAUUCAAAUUUAAAUUCUGAAAUUGAUCAUCAAAAUCAUAUAAGCAAUAAUAUUUCUAUUGAAAUUGAUGCAUCACCUGGUGAUAAUACUGCUAAACGGAAGCCUGUACGUCGAGCUUCUGCUGAGGAAAAGGAAGUUGCUGAGCUUGUGCAUAGGACACAUUUACUCUGUUUACUUGCACGUGGACGUGUGAUUGAUAGUGCUUGCAAUGAUCCUCUCAUUCAGGCUUCCUUAUUAUCACUUUUGCCAACAAAGUUUCUGAAGUUAUCAGAAGCUACAAAUCUUACAGUAGAUGCUUUGACUCCUUUAGUCAACUGGUUCCAUAGUAGCUUUCGUGUUAGAAGUUCAAGCAGUGACAAAUCCUUCCAUUCAGCUUUAGCCACUGCUCUUGGAACCCAGGAGGGGACUCCAGAAGAGGUAGCUGCUUUAUCUGUGGCAAUGUUCAGAUCAUUGAAUCUUUUAACACGUUUUGUAUCCAUUUUAGACGCCGCAUCUUUGAAACCAGAUGCUGAUAAAUCUGAUGACAUGUCACCCCGAAGAAAAACUGGUACAGGGGUAUUUCAGUCCUCUACAAUCAUGGUGACUCGGUCAAACGAACCCUCUACAUCUUCCAAUAAACAAUUUCCACCUCUUGAUGUUGACCACAUUGCUUCUAUUCACAACAAGCAAACACCUGAAACUUCUUCAAAACCUUCAUGCCAAAGUCAAAGUCAAAGUCAAACCAUCUCUCCCGUUGAUGAUCAGUCAAAUGAGAGAAGGGUUGACUUAGGGUCAAAGAGAAAAGGGGAUCUUGAAUUUGAAAUGCAAAUGCAAAUGGCUCUUUCUGCAACUGCAACUAAAACAUCAGAAAUAUCAAAUACCGAUUCUUUCAAAAAAUUGAAAAAAAUAAAAUGUGAAGAAGAUCCAUCAUCAUCAUCAUCAUCAUCAAUCUCUACUGCAAUUGGAUCAAGAAAAGUAGGAGCUCCAUUGUAUUGGGCAGAAGUUUAUCUUAAUGGAAAAUGGGUUCAUGUUGACACCAUAAAUGCCACCAUUGAUGGAGAAAAUAAAGUUGAAGCUUUAGUUGCUGCAUGUAAAACUUCAUUAAGAUAUGUGGUUGCUUUCAAUGGUCAAGGAGCUAAAGAUGUCACUCGCAGGUAUUGUGCAAAAUGGUACAAGAUAGCAUCACAUCGAGUUAAUUCCACUUGGUGGGAUGCAGUUUUGGCACCAUUAAAAGACCUAGAGUCUAAAACAACCCAAGGCAUUGGAUUGUCUGAUAAUUUGAGAAACGAACGUGCAUCUCUUGAGGAUAUGGAGCUGGAGACCAAGGCGUUGACUGAGCCUCUUCCAACUAAUCAACAAGCGUAUAGAAGUCAUCAUUUAUAUGCAAUUGAAAGAUGGCUUACAAAGUACCAAAUUCUUCACCCAAAAGGCCCGAUUUUAGGGUUUUGUUCUGGUCAUCCUGUUUACCCUAGAGCUUCUGUCCAAAUCCUGCAUACAAAAGAAAAAUGGCUACGUGAGGGGCUUCAGUUAAAAGUCAACGAGCUUCCAGUCAAAGUCUUGGAACGUUCUGUAAAAGUCAACAAAGGGAAAGUUACAGAUGAAGAUGAUUGUGUAGGCCCCACUGGGACCAUUCAUCUUUAUGGAAAAUGGCAAACAGAGCCUCUAUGUUUGCCUCAUGCACAAAAUGGGAUUGUUCCAAAGAAUGAACGUGGGCAAGUGGAUGUGUGGUCUGAGAAGUGUCUUCCCCCAGGAACUGUUCAUUUAGGGUUUCCAAGGAUCUUUAAUAUUGCCAAGAAGCUAAAUGUCGAUUAUGCCCCUGCGAUGGUUGGAUUUGAAUUCAAGAAUGGACGAUCUUACCCUUUGUAUAAUGGGAUUGUCGUGUGUUCUGAGUUCAAGGAUAUGAUUCUAGAUGCAUAUGGAGAAGAAGAAGAGAGGAGGGGGGAAGAGGAGAGAAGAAAGAGUGAAGCAAAAGCUUUAUCAAGAUGGUAUCAACUUCUUUCAUCCAUUGUAACUAGACAAAGAUUGAACAAUCGAUAUGCAAAACCAGAAGAAGUCUCCUCAUGUCACAAAAAUGAUGUUGGAAAAACAAAUGAUUCAUUUGAUCAUUGUUCAACUAGUGUUAAUACACAAGAUGUGCAAAAAUUAGUAUCACUUCAAGAAAAUGAUGAUGUGGCACAAACAUUUGAAGAUGAUCAUGAGCAUGUGUUUGUGAAUGGAAGUUUGGAUGUUGAGAAUUCUGUGAGGAAAAAGAGUUGUCGAUGUGGGUUUUCGAUUGAGGUUGAAGAGAUGUAGUUGAUAAUGUUUUGAAACAUUUUAUGUAAUUUGAAACGAAUUAUAAAGUUAUGUUUUAUCUGUUUAAGGUUGUGUUUGACAGCCUAGCUGAAAAGUCUGUUGAGAGAUGUACCUCUACAGUUCUCUAUUCAAGGGUAGAGAAACAUCUAUAUAUGACAUGCUGCAUGUUUUGUAUAAAAGAAAACUGUUUUGUUGAGUAAAUUAGAAAAAAUAAAAUGUGUACUUUAAACUUAA